CCCAUGUAAAAUUCAUUAUCAAUAAAGAUCAGCAUCAUGAAUUGGUAUUUAAAAGCUCUCACUUUUACUAUUCUCAUGGCAAGUCUCUUCCAAAACGGUGCUAUGGUGCUAAUUAAAUCUCAUCUGGCAAUAAUUGGAGCACUAAGCUUCUUAAGGAUAACCAAUGGGGCCUCCUGGACUUAUGACAUAGAAUCGAUAAAGAUUGAUAACAAAACACCAGAUGUCAUAUUCGUUUCCAUAGAGAAGAAAAUGAUAUCACGCGGCAAUUAUACAACUUGUGGCAAAAUCGAAUUGAAAGAGGAUCUAACUGACGAACUUCUGUUCGAAGCACGCCUUUACUACAGUCCAAAUGGUCUUCGUGGCUCAUAUAUCAACACACCAUUUCAGGCACCAAAAACUCCGCUUUCGGUUGUAUUGCAAAGAGUUUAUAUUCCCACCGCAAUGGAAACCAUGCUCGAAUGCGGCCAGAAUUUUCCAUAUCUUGAGAAAAUAGAGCUCCCCUUUGCGAAGCGUAUAAUGACUUGGGACGAUUGUUUCAUAUCGAGCGAAAAUUUGAUGUCUCACAUGAAAUCUGGCUUUUAUCGCGCAAUUAUAAAACUUUCAAAUCAGGCCGAUAUUACCGUCCAAUAUGAAUUAGUGGUUCAACAAACAUAAAGGUCAAUCAAAUUGAAAUAUGUAAUAUGAAAAAAUAUCACCCUAAAGAUUAAACACAAAACCAUAAUAAUUUUACAAUUUUUGUUUGUUUCUCUUUCGAGACGAGCUCAAUGAUCGGAGAUGCAAAUGGUAUGUUGUAGUUGAAUCGCAAUUAAUUCGAUUCAAAUACA